AUGCUGCUCCUUGAUUCAAUCGACGAGCCAAGCCAAAGGCUUAUCCUUGAGAUCCUGGAGCAGGAUGCCAUCGAGGCAUCGAAUCGCUCAAAAGGUAAACAGAGAGCCGGUAUGCUGACGGAUGGUGACUUGGCUCUCAAAAACUGGUCUGACCAACUUCAUGAAUCAUCCACCGUCCUCCAAGACCAUAAGAUGGCAAAGAGCAUUGCCAAAGCCGUACUGGAGGAUGGAGUUGCGUUGACCAUUGCAGCUCAAGAGGAGAACAGAGCACUCGCAGACCGCAACCUAGCCUUUCGACUUGCUGGGCAGCGACCGCCGCCGACACAAGAACAGCCUUUGAAACUCCCCCAAUACUUGCUUGGCGAAGAGAGUGCUUACGAACUUGAUGACGAGCUUGAAGAAUUCCUGCUACCUGACGGCCAGAACAAGAGACACUGCACCGCCGAAAGCUCGCAAAGUGCUGCGAAUCGUAAGGUCACUCAACUUCAACGCGAAUGCGUCGCCUGCACUGAGCUCAAACUUGCUUCUGAGAUGCUCCAAGCACAAUGCCCCCACUGGUAUUGCAACGGAUGUGUCAUGCGCCUCGUCAAGGACUCCCUCGUGGAUGAAUCACUCUUCCCUCCACGAUGCUGUCGUAAGGCAUUCCCCCUAUCGACCAUGAGAAAGCAUAUAGGUGCCGAUCUCUCUAGACAAUUUGAAGACAAAGAAAUCGAACACAAGGAUCCCUACAGAACCUACUGUUCGAACGCAGGAUGCGCCAAGUACAUCUUACCUCCAUUUGUUGAAGGAUAUGUGGGCACUUGCCAAAGUUGCCACUCUGGGACAUGCACAUUGUGCAAACGGGCUGCUCAUACCGGAAAGUGUGUCGACGAACACGACGAGGUGAUGAACCUAGCGAAACAAUCCGGCUGGCAACAAUGCCCGCAAUGCUCCCAUCUCAUCGAGCUGAGCACUGGCUGCAACCACAUCACUUGUCGCUGCGGAUUCGAGUUCUGUUACGUGUGCACGGUCAAAUGGAAAAAGUGCAGUUGCGCAACCUGGGAUGAGAACCGACUGUUGGAUCGAGCUCAAGUGCUUGCUGCUAGGAAUGUCCAAGGUCCGCCCGCAGCACGCGACGUACAGGUAGCGGCCGCACAGAUUCGAGAAGUACAGCAUUGUACUCACCCUGGCCGUUGGCUCCGCGUUGACGAGGGUGACAAUUGUGAAGAGUGCGGCCAAUACCUUCCAGACUUCAUUCUGGAAUGCCGUAACUGUCACCUACGCGCAUGCAGACGCUGCAAACUCAAUCGACUGUAA